AAAACAUCCAGGAUGUGAUGUACUCAGUAAAGAGAAGUCUUCUGUAAACUGUAGAAAACAUCCAGGAUGUGAUGUACUCAGUAAAGAGAAGUCUUCUGGAUAUUGGAGAAAAUAUCCAGGAUGUGAUGUACUCAGUAAAAAGAAGUCUUCUGGAUAUUGUAGAAAACAUCCAGGAUGUGAUGUACUCAGUAAAGAGAAGUCUUCUGUAAACUGUAGAAAACGUCCAGGAUGUGAUGUACUCAGUAAAAAGAAGUCUUCUGGAUAUUGUAGAAAACAUCCAGGAUGUGAUGUACUCAGUAAAGAGAAGUCUUCUGUAAACUGUAGAAAACAUCCAGGAUGUGAUGUACUCAGUAAAGAGAAGUCUUCUGUAAAUUGUAGAAAACAUCCAGGAUGUGAUGUAUUCAGUAAAGAGAAGUCUUCUGUAAAUUGUAGAAAACAUCCAGGAUCUGAUGUACUCAGUAAAGAGAAGUCUUCUGUACAUUGUAGAAAACGUCCAGGAUCUGAUGUACUCAGUAAAGAGAAGUCUUCUGUAAAUUGUAGAAAACAUCCAGGAUGUGAUGUACUCAGUAAAGAGAAGUCUUCUGGAUAUCCAUGUUGUGAUGUAAUUAGUGAAUACCAAUCUCCUGGAUACUGGAGAAAAUAUCCAGGAUGUGAUGUACUCAGAGAAG